AUGUAUUCAAAAACAAAUUCACCCUUAAAAGUUUUCUCAACUGAAAUUUUACUUAUCAUUUUCGCUGAAACGGAUAUUACAACAUUAUUAUCGCUUAGCAGCACUUGUAAAAAUUUUAGAAGAUUAGCAAGUGUAUGUUUAGCCGAUAAAUUCAAGGAGCAAAAUGUUGGUUUGAAUUUAACAUUUGAACAAGAACACAAAUGGCGUUCAAAUAUUACAAUGAAAUUUAAUCAUGUAAAUGAAGAAAAUGGAAACUUCGUUUUUCAACCAAAAAUUGACACCCGAAUAACAUAUUAUCAUUCCGCGAUAAUAAAAAAUCCAAAUAUAUGCAAAAUAUCUUUAAAUAACGUUAAAAGUUCUUCUACGAAGGAAUUUCAACAUCAAAUAAAUGAACCAACAGAUGACACAAAUUUAUUACAAAAAUCAUUCGGAUUUUCUAUAAAAACUCGGAAUAGAAUUUGUCAAAAAAUUCAAUAUGUAUAUCGUACAGGAAAUGGUUGUUCACACUUAAAAGUUCCUUUCGGUUUCACUUAUUCAGUCGUUAUUCCUCCUGAUGGAACAAAAUCAAGAACUGGAGAACGUUGGAUAACUCCUUUAUCGUUCGAAUGCCCUCCAAGUUUCUUUUAUCCAGAUGAGACUAUCGUCCAUAGAAUUUUCAUGUCUAUAAUAAAUUACAAGCCUAUCAUCGUAAAGAAACAAUUGACCGAAAAGACUACUAUUUCGAAUGAAAACCAAAGACAAUGCGUGCCUUUUCAACAACAAGAAUCACAAAUUUUACAACCAAUUUUACAUGUUCCACAAUUAGAAAAUCAAGAAAGGACGAAGUUUAAGAUAUCUACAAGAUGGGCUCGCGGCGCAAGGCGUUGA